AUGGGCGUCACCAAGCAAACCCUUCAACCCGGCAACGGCGUCGACUACCCGCAGAAGAACUCCCUGUGCGCUAUCGCCUACACCGGUGCUCUCUAUGACGCGUCCAAGGCUGAUAACUAUUUCAUGGGAAAGGAAUUCGACUCGUCGAGGAGCAGGGGUCCGUUGAAGGUGAACAUUGGCAUGGGGAAGGUUAUUGAGGGCUGGGACCAAGGAGUCCUGCAGAUGAGUCUCGGCGAGAAGGCCAUCUUGACAAUUUCCAGCGACUCUGCUUACGGUCCUCGGUUCGUGUCAUCUCAUCCCUAA